AAAAAAACUUCAACUGUGUUUGUAUCAGAAAAUCAUGGAUAAUAUGCCGCCUGGGUAUCGAUUUUAUCCGACGGACGAGGAGCUGGUAUCUUAUUAUCUGCCCAACAAGCUUGAAAACACCAGGGAUCAUUACCUUAACCAUGUCAUGGAUAGGGUUAUUCCUGUCCUUGAUAUCUACCAUUUCCAUCCAUCAGAACUUCCACAUUAUGCUGGAGAUUGUUGUCAAGGAGAUCCCGAGCAGUGGUUCUUCUUUAUUCCGAGACAAGAGAGCGAGGCGCGCGGAGGGAAACCGAAGAGGCUCACAUACUCUGGUUACUGGAAGGCAACUGGGUCUCCUGGAUAUGUUCAUUCAUCAGAACAUAGAAUAAUUGGAGUGAAAAGGACCAUGGUGUUCUAUGAGGGAAGAGCUCCAACUGGAACCAAAACUGAAUGGAAGAUAAAUGACUAUAAAGCCAUAGAUGGUGAACCACUAUCCUCUACCACUACUUGUGCUCUUGCAUCUCAAAAGUUAAGGCAAGAAUUCAGUUUGUGCCGAGUAUACAAGAAAUCGAAAUCAGUGAGGGCAUUUGACAGGCGUCCAGUGACAGCGAUCAACAAGCCAGCGAUAAUACAAUAUGACCAGGCAAGAACAGCACCUCCAGUAAUAUUAAUGGAGGAGAGAACAACUUCUCUUGACAGUUCAUCCUCAGGGGAUCAUCAUCACAAUCACUGCCCCUCUCAAUCUCAAACUGUGGAAGCUCAUGCUGGAAUCACUACUAUGGGGAUGCAGGCUAUGGAUGAUAUUAAUGAACCUGUGUUGGACUGGAAACUUUUUGACUGGGAACUUUUCGAUAUAUAGUAAAAUGAAGCCAUUUGGAUGGAAUUAACCUUAUGUUUGGAAAUGCAUACUUGGAUGAUUUUGAUAUUAACCUAAUUCAUUGGAUGGAUGAAUGAGACAUUAGUGUUUCAAGUUCUAUUUACAUUCACAAGAGUUUACCAAGGUUUGAUGUAUGGCUUUAGCUUGAAAUAAAGGGAAAUUCCUGCAAUCUAUU